GUUCCUGAAAAUGUGUUUUGCUUUAAUUUUUUCUUUCACAGCUGAAAAUGUAGCCAAAAAAUGGAAAGUGAGUAGAGAAGAGCAGGACCAGGUUGCAGUUCUGUCCCAGAACAGGACAGAGAAGGCACAGAAAGCCGGUCAUUUUGACAAAGAGAUUGUACCAGUUUUUGUAUCUUCUAGAAAAGGCCUUACUGAAGUUAAAACAGAUGAGUUUCCUCGCCACGGAAGCAACAUAGAAGCCAUGUCUAAACUAAAGCCUUACUUCCUUACAGAUGGAACAGGAACAGUCACCCCAGCUAAUGCUUCAGGAGUAAAUGAUGGUGCUGCAGCUGUGGUUCUUAUGAAGAAGUCAGAAGCUGAUAACCGUGGGCUCACACCUUUAGCACAGAUAGUUUCCUGGGCACAAGCAGGUGUGGACCCUUCCAUUAUGGGAACAGGACCAAUUCCAGCAAUAAAGCAAGCUGUGAGUUUGUGUAAUGUUGGUGCCUGUCCUUUGCUUUGUUGAUAUAACCUCUUGGAGAGUACAAGAUCAGUAACCUGUAAUUCUGUAUUAAGUUC